AUGUCCCGCAAUACAAUUUCUGAUGUCGUAGAGGGUCGUAUUUUACAACUUUUACAUCACGGAUGCUCCCAAUGUCAAAUCUUCAAAGUAUUGAAAUCUGAUGGAAUUGAUAUAGCACGAUCAACAAUAUCCAAUGUUAAAAGGAAGAUCAGUCAACAACGAAAUGCCGGUACAAAAAUCAAGCUUAAUCGAAAUCGUCCAUUACAGACACUAUCAGUCGUGAACCAAGUGAUCGUGAAAAUCGAUGUUGAAAAUCCAUCUACUCAACGAGCCAUUGCAAAAGCAGUUAAGGUAAGCCAAUCUACAGUGUCGAAAAUCAUUAAAAAUGCUGGAUUUUUUCUUCGGAAAAAACGAAAAGCGCAAAAACUCGCAAUGGCAAAUAUCGAACUAUUAUCGCCAGAGAGCGCAUCGUCUUUAUCGUCAAUUGACUAA